AUGAGCGUAUCUCCCUCCACCACCCUGGACAGCCAGCUGACCACUUCCUGGGGCCCUAAUAACUCCUACCCUGAUGUUCCGGUGGUGAUGUCUGGGUACACAAGUCGCCUGUGGCCUCGUGACUCCCAGCCUCAGUUCUGGAGUAAGUACCAGGUGUGGGAGUGGCUGCAACAGGUCAUGGACAUGCACCAGAUUGAUGCCUCCAACAUUCCUUUCCAAAACUUUGAUAUGGACGGUCAUCAGCUCUGCAGCCUGAGCUACCAGGACUUCAUCCGUGCUGCCGGCAGCGUGGGGCCCAUUCUCUUCCACAGCAUCACAGAGCUCAAGUGGAGCGGGCAGUACCAUGUUGAACUGGAACUCAAACCAGAAUUUGACUUCUCCUGUCCAUUUCCAGAUGUCAGCUAUCCACCUGGAGAAGUCUACGAUCCUUUGAUUCACCCCCUCGCAGAUGUUGCCUCUCCCACCCCUUCUAGCCCUGAUAUCAAAAGGUCUUUGAGUCGUCCUCAUCCGGCCAAAAAAAACAAUCCAAGGGGGACCCACUUGUGGGAGUUUAUCAGGGACAUUCUGCUGAACCCAGAGCGAAACCCAGGGCUGAUCAAAUGGGAGGAUCGGACAGAGGGGGUUUUCCGCUUCCUUAAGUCAGAGGCAGUGGCACAGUUAUGGGGCAAGAAGAAGAAUAACAGCAGCAUGACCUAUGAGAAACUAAGCCGGGCAAUGAGAUAUUACUACAAAAGAGAAAUCCUAGAGCGAGUAGACGGACGCAGACUGGUUUACAAGUUUGGAAGGAAUGCAAGAGGAUGGAGGGAAUCAGAGAAGUGAUAAUUUCAUUAAUUUAUGUUUUCUUUGAUGUGCAAAUGUGAAG